AUGCAACAUCAUAAACAAACUAUUCAACUUUCGGAUCAUGUUAAAAAUAAACUAAAAUAUCAUCAACCAACUCCAUUAAGUCGUUCAUCAAAUGAAUUAACUACAUCAGACAAUACUGAUGACGAUAAUGAAAUAUUUAUUUCAUCAUCUCCACAAAAAUUCUAUCGUAAACGUAGUCUUACAUUUACAACAGAUGAAGUUCUACAACCAUCAAAAUCUGAAUAUUUACUUACAGAUAAAAAAAAUAAUUUUCAACAAAACCGAAUUCUUCAACGACAAACAUUAUGUCAACAAUGUAUUCGUUAUAAAGAUCUUCUUCAUAAUGAACAUCAAUAUUUAUUCGGUACUUAUCAGAAAAAUCGAAAAUUAACUGAAGACUUACGUUCAACUAUUUCACUUAAUCAUCAAUAUCAAAAAGAAAAUGCAAAAUUAAAACAACAUUUAACAAAACUAAAUGCUCAUCUUGAAGAAUAUAAAAGAAAUUUUAAUUUACUUAAACAAAAAAUUAUAUUAGAAAAAACUAAUCAAUCAAAACAAGAAGUUGAAGUUGAUCAAUUAAAAAGACUUCGACAUGAAUUACACGUUUAUCAACAAGUUAUAGCAUCAAAACGACAAGAAGAAGAAAAAAAUAUUGAUUAUUAUUCUGGUCAAGAUUGGAUUUAA